AUGGCAGCCACUUAUUCCGAGCGCCCGCUUGGCGUGCCCGAUGCCGAGCUGGCCAUCCCCACGCCCAACACCACCCCGGAGUCGACCAAAGAAGCGCUCGCCGGCCAGGGCAUGGAGGCCCUGAAGGACAUCGCCUGCGGCUCCCUUGCCGGCAUCAUUGGCAAAUACAUCGAAUACCCCUUUGACACGAUCAAGGUGCGCCUGCAGUCGCAGCCGGAACACCUCCCCCUCCGGUACACCGGGCCGCUGGACUGCUUCCAAAAGUCCUGGGCCAAGGAUGGAUUCAUGGGCCUGUACAGGGGCAUCAGCGCGCCGCUUGUUGGUGCCGCAGUGGAGAAUGCCAGCCUGUUCUUCAGCUACCGCCUCUGCCAGGAAGCCCUCCAGUCCACAAUCUACCCGGCCAACCAGCCAUUGCCCUUCGGCGCCUUGCUUCUGUGUGGUGCGGCGUCGGGCGCCUUCGCAUCCUCCCUCCUCACACCCAUUGAACUGGUCAAAUGCAAGGUGCAGGUCCCCGUCGAGACGCCCAGCGGCCACUUUGUGAAGAUGGGGCCGCUGGGGGUCAUGGCGUCGGUGUACCGACACCAGGGAAUCGCAGGGUUCUGGCACGGGCAGCUCGGCACGCUCAUCCGCGAGACGGGCGGGUCAGCCGCGUGGUUCGGUGGGUACGAGGGCAUGGGGCUCGUCUUUCGGCAGGCGCGCGAGAAGCGCACGGGCAAGAAGAGCGACGAGCCGCUGCCCAUCCACCAGCAGAUGGUGUGCGGCGCCACGGCCGGCGUCAGCUACAACUUCCUCUUCUAUCCGGCCGACACCAUCAAGAGCCGUAUGCAGACCGAGGACGUCAGCCGCAGCGUCGCCGGCGGGCGGAGCUCGUUCUGGUCGGUCGGCAAGCUGAUCUGGCAUCAGCAUGGCUUGCGCGGCCUGUACAGAGGGUGUGGCAUCACGGUUGCCCGGUCUGUGCCCAGCUCCGCGUUCAUUUUCACGAUCUAUGAGACUUUGCGGGCGUAUGUUGGCUGA